CCCAGGGUCACUCGUGUUUAUACGCAGCCUGUCUUGAGGAUCAUGGAAUCGAACUCUUGCCCAGUCCGACCCGUUAGUUGGCUGCCCAGGAAGUGUACGGAACACCGAGCUGCAGACCCCGCAGCCCUCGCGACCCCAGCCCUCCUCAGCUCGCACCCGGUGUCCCACACCUUCCGGGUCCGCCCCCACACUUCCGGGACCGCCUGGUCCCCACCGCCCCUCCUCCGCGGGUGUUUCCGGUCCCCAGCUCAGGAAGCCGCGGCCCGGUGGCUGUGAGGCACCUUAGCCUUGAGCGCCCUGCUGCCUUGGGCUCUGGUAUCCAGUAGCCAGGCUGGGAGCCUCCAGGCCUGUUGUCCAUCUGGGAAACAGGCAGCCAUGGGUGCCAGGUGGUGUUGAGAGCAGUGGGGUAUGGCUGCAGGCCUGCAAGUCCUGGCCCGCUUGGCCCGAGCGCCCUUGCGCCCACUCCUCUUGGGGAGCCCAAUGGCCCGGCUGGCCAGUGGCAUGGCCCUGGCUGAGCAGGCACGGCAGCUGUUUGAGAGCGCUGUGGGUGCCGUACUGCCGGGUCCCAUGCUGCACCGGACACUGUCUUUGGACCCUGGCGGCAGACAGCUGAAGGUGCGAGGCCGGAGCUUUCAGCUGAGGCAGAACCUCUACCUGGUGGGCUUCGGCAAGGCUGUGCUGGGGAUGGCAGCUGCAGCUGAGGAGCUUCUGGGCCAGCAUCUCGUGCAGGGUGUGGUCAGCGUUCCCAGGGGCAUCAGCGCUGCCAUGGAGCAUGCCGGCAAGCAGGAGAUGCUGCUGAAGCCACACAGUCGUGUCCAGGUAUUUGAGGGUGCGGAGGACAACCUGCCAGACCGUGAUGCUCUGCGGGCUGCACUGGCCAUCCGGCAGCUGGCUGAAGGUCUCACAGCUGAUGACCUGCUGCUUGUGCUCAUCUCAGGUGGUGGCUCUGCUCUGCUGCCUGCCCCCAUUCCACCUGUCACCCUGGAGGAGAAGCAGACACUCACCAAGCUGCUGGCAGCCCGUGGAGCCACCAUCCAGGAGCUGAACACCAUCCGGAAGGCUCUGUCGCAGCUCAAGGGAGGGGGCCUGGCUCAGGCUGCCUACCCAGCCCAGGUGGUGAGCCUGAUUCUGUCAGAUGUGGUGGGGGACCCAGUGGAGGUAAUUGCCAGUGGCCCCACUGUGGCCAGCAUCCACAGCGUGCAAGACUGCCUGCACAUCCUCAAUCGCUAUGGCCUGCGUGCCGCCUUGCCACGUUCUGUGAAGACCGUGCUGGCUCGGGCCGACUCAGACCCCCAUGGGCCACACACCUGUGGUCACGUCCUCAACGUGGUCAUUGGUUCCAAUGCACUGGCACUGGCCGAGGCCCAGCGGCAGGCUGAGGCGCUGGGGUACCGGGCCGUGGUGCUGAGUGCAGCCAUGCAGGGUGACGUAAGAAGUGUGGCCCAGCUCUAUGGGCUGCUGGCCCAAGUGGCUGGGGCCCACCUCACCCUGCCUGGGGCAGGGGCCUCUGUGGAGGAGGAGGAUGAACAAUUCCAUGAGCUGAUGGCUGAGCUCCAGCUCCCAGACCUGCAGCUGAGGGAGGCCCUGGAAGCCGUGGUGGGGGCGGAGGGCCCUGUCUGCCUGCUGGCAGGGGGCGAGCCCACAGUGCAGUUGCAGGGCUCAGGCAUGGGGGGCCGGAACCAGGAACUGGCCCUGCGUGUUGGAGCAGAGCUGGGACGACGGCCUCUGGGGCCUGUUGAUGUGCUGUUUCUGAGUGGUGGCACCGAUGGGCAGGAUGGGCCCACAGAGGCGGCUGGGGCCUGGGUCAUGUCUGACCUUGCUGGCCAGGCCACUGCUGAGGGCCUGGAUGUAGCCACCUUCUUGGCCCACAAUGACUCACAUACCUUCUUCCGCUGCUUCCGUGGCGGGGCACACUUGCUGUGCACGGGGCUGACUGGCACCAAUGUAAUGGACAUCCACCUCCUGUUCUUGCGGCCACGGUGAUGGCACAGGUUUUAGGAGUCCAGAGGUAGGCCACAGGGCAGUGUCCUGGGUAGACGAGGGUUGGUCCCCAGGCCUCACCAGGCCUUAGGGCCCCUCCUCUCCUUGGUGCUGGCUGCUUGCUUGGCCCUCCUACCUCCUACCCAGGCCUUCUGUCCCAUGUCCAUUCCCGCAAUCAGACUGGCAGCUGGGGGCUCUCCUCCCCCCUUACCCUCUGCCAUGGCAGCAGGUACCCCUGAGGAUCAGGCUGAGCCCCUUGGCCAGUUCAGGAGCCCCUCUGCCAAGCUCCUGAGCUUGCUUUUCUGUGGACUGAAAAUAAAAGGAUCACGGUGUGGGUUCUUGAUGCAUCUUCCUCACAGCAGAGAUGCCUGGGGAGCCACUGGGACGGUGAGUGGGGUUGGGCUGCAGCCCCAGUGCCAGGACCUGUGGGAGUUCCCACACUUCUCUGUAGGGCACUCAGCACUGUUCCCCCUAAACAGGAGCCUGGGAGGGGUGAGCCUCAUGCUCCUGACGUGCUCAAUGCAGACAAGCAGAGACCAGGGAGGAUGGGCCUAAGGACUAGUCUGUGGGGCCUGGGAGGGACUGGCCACCCGGGCAGCUGUGACUCCCCUGUGGCAUACCUGCUGUGGUCUCUCUGGCCUCUGCUGUGGCCUCACUGGGUGCGUGCUUACUACCUGCAAAGACAUCCCUCCCUUGUCUUUGGACAGCCCUCAGCCACACACACCACCUUUGGUGGAGCUGCCCUCUUUAUCGGGCUACCCCAGCCACACAGGGUGCUGGACCUUGUU